UCUUCCAGGUUGGCCAUGGCUGAGGCUUCCCGGUGGCACCGAGGCGGGACUCCAAAACAUCCUCUGCAUUACAGGAAGGAAGUAGAAAUUAGAACUACUCUUCAGGAGUUGUUACUCUACUUUAUUUUUUUAAUAAACCUAUGUAUAUUGACUUUUGGGAUGGUAAACCCACAUAUGUAUUACUUAAACAGAGUUAUGUCAUCUCUAUUUUUGGACACUUCUGUGCCUGGUGAUGAGAGAACCAACUUUAAGUCUAUUCGCAGCAUAACUGAUUUUUGGAAGUUUAUGGAAGGACCCCUUUUGGAAGGUCUGUACUGGGACUCAUGGUACAAUAACCAGAAGUUGUAUAAUUUAAAGAACAGCAAUCGCAUCUACUAUGAGAACAUACUUUUAGGAGUCCCCCAAGUCCGUCAACUAAAAGUCCGCAACAACACGUGCAAGGUUUAUUCAUCCUUUCAGUCUUUGAUGAGUGAAUGUUACGAGAAAUACACUUCUGCAAAUGAGGACCUGUCUGAGUUUGGCCUUAAAGAUGAUACUGAAUGGAAGUACUCUACUCCUAGUGUCAGCUCCCCUUGGCAUUGGGGAUUUGUUGGUGUUUACCGAAAUGGGGGCUAUAUUUUCACUUUAUCAAAAUCAAAGUCUGAAAUCAAAGACAAGUUCGUUAACCUGCGACUGAACAGCUGGAUCACAAGAGGGACUAGAGUUAUUUUUAUUGAUUUUUCAUUAUACAAUGCUAAUGUAAAUCUGUUUUGCAUCAUAAGACUGGUGGCAGAAUUCCCUGCAACUGGAGGAAUACUUACUUCAUGGCAGUUUUACUCUGUGAAGCUCCUCAGAUAUGUUAGCUACUAUGAUUAUUUUAUUGCUUCCUGUGAAAUCACAUUUUGUAUUUUUCUUAUUGUCUUCACAAUACAAGAAAUCAAAAAUAUGAAAGAAUUUAAGUGGGCCUAUUUCAAAAGUAUUUGGAACUGGCUAGAAUUGCUACUUUUGGUGUUGUGUUUUGUGGCUGUUUUCUUCAACUCAUACUGUAAUAUACAAGUUUUCCUGUUACUUGGACAGCUGUUAAAAAAUACCGAAAAAUAUUCUGACUUCUAUUUUCUUGCAUACUGGCACAUUUAUUACAACAAUAUACUUGCUAUUACCAUCUUCUUUGCAUGGAUAAAGAUAUUCAAAUUCAUAAGCUUUAAUAAGACGAUGUCUCAGCUGUCAUCAACCUUGUCCCGCUGUAUCAAAGACAUAGUAGGAUUUGCCAUCAUGUUUUUUAUAAUAUUCUUUGCUUACGCCCAGUUAGGAUUUCUUGUUUUUGGAUCACAAGUUGAUGACUUUUCCACUUUUCACAAUUCCAUAUUUGCACAAUUUCGAAUUAUUCUUGGAGAUUUUAAUUUUGCUGGAAUUCAGCAAGCCAAUCGUAUCUUGGGACCCAUUUACUUCAUCACUUUCAUCUUUUUUGUGUUCUUUGUCCUGCUGAACAUGUUCUUGGCAAUAAUUAAUGAUACCUAUUCUGAAGUGAAAGCUGAUUAUUCACUAGGCAGAAGGCCAGAUUUUGAGCUUUGUAAAAUGAUUAAAGAGAGUUACAACAAUGCUCUCGAAAAACUCAAUCUAAAGAAACCUCAAAAGGAUGAAAACAAGAACAAUAUGAAAAGCGGAGAUUUGGCUGAACGAGCCAGAAGAGAAGGCUUUGAUGAAAAUGAGAUUCAAAGUGCAGAGCGGAUGAAAAAAUGGAAAGAGAGGCUUGAGAAAAAGCACUAUUCUACAGAAACUCAAGAUGACUACCAGCCUGUCACUCAACAAGAAUUUCGAGAACUCUUUUUAUAUGCCGUGGAGCUGGAAAAAGAAUUACACUACGUCAGUUUAAAACUAAACCGAGUAAUGAGAAAGGUUUCAGCUCUACAAUAUUGA